AUGGAGGACGCAGAGGAGGAGAGACUAAAGGUGCUCACGUCGUCGCUCGACGGCCCCGGCGGCGCACCGUUCCUGCACGUCCCGCACAUCAUCACGGGACAUUGUAACCCUCCCCUCAUCUCGCCGGACGUGCGAGAAGGUCCGUACUACAAGCAAGCCCCGCUCCGCACCACGCAACCGUGCCGCGGCCUCGUCAUCCUAGAAGCUCGGGAAGCAAGGCUCUUCCAUGUCUACAACCCAUCCACCGGCCAGAUUGCUACCCUCCCAGAGGGCCGAACGACGGGCGUGGAAACUCAAUAUGACUAUGCAUACUUGGGGCUCGGCUAUGACGCACGCACCAGCAAACACAAAGUUGUACGCGUUCGUUAUGGCGGUCGUGCCGGGAGACUCCCACUGUCCACUGGAGCAGGAUGUGAGGUCUACGACAUAAACACCGCCAACUCUCAGAGGUCAUGGCGUACCAUUACUGGUGCGAAGCCCACGUGCUGGAUAGACUCAUACAACAGAAGCGUCUUUUUGCAAGGGCGCUGCUAUUGGUUAGCACACCGGAAGUUGAGCCCUCGAGAGGAUCUGAUUCUUCUUACCUUCUCCAUUAGAUACGAGACAUUUGGGACCGUAGCCCCACCGCCCGGCAUGCGCGACGACUAUCCGCAUCAGUCUACCAAUUACGACCUGACAGAGCUCAAUGGAAAACUAUGCAUUUUCCGCGAAUUCUCCAUGUGGCACGAGCAGUACGAUGUUUGGCUCCUGAACGGACAUGGAUCGGAUGCAUCUUGGGAUCUUCAUUGUCGAAUUGACCUAGCCAGAGCGUUGCCGCAGCUUAAGAAGUUCAUGUUCAUGCCCAACGACCACAUCCAUCUUUCCAUGGCCCCACUUGCCAUCAUCGACAACGGCCGUCGCAUCCUUCUCACGGAACAUUACAUGCCAACAGCAAUAUGUGCAUACUCUACCGACACCGGCUACACUGAGAGCCUCCUUGACAUGAGCUCCACUGUAGUAAACCUGGUUGCAGUGUACGAGGAAAGCAUCGCCUCUCCCGGGUGCCAGCCAUGCGAGGACACCGCCUUAAUUUCGUCAUCAUCUACACAGGCCCUGUUGAUAAUAUUACGUGUGUUGCCAAGGCACGCCCAUGGAAACCUUAAGCUUGCCUGCCGGAGCUGGCGCUGCAUGAUCGAAAGUGGCAUCUGGCGCCACAUCAAUAGAUCAUAG